UUUCUUAAAAAAGAAACUAUUAAUAAAAUCAUGAUUACCAAACAAACCUUUGAAAACGAACAUCCCAUGCGAAACCGAACCAAACUCAAACUAAACCGGUCGGUUAAAAUCAUGAGGAAAACAGAUUGAAAUUGACGACCGCUAGUGACGGCGGUGAAGAGUCCGUCCGUCCAUAGAAUAUAGUGGAAGAAGAAGCUUCGCCUCAUUUCUUGUGGACAAGACAAAAAGAGUAAAUCGAGCGAACAUGAUUCACUCUGUUGCCAAAUACGCAAGAGCAGCUGCAGCAGCCGCAACGAUUCGUGGCCGCGCGAUAUCGGUUAGAAGCAGCUCUGUUCGGUACUCGACUCCGUUGAGGUGGAUUCACGGUGAAAUCAGCGUUCCAAACGCGAAUCAUGUGGCUAUUCAGAUGGUCAUCUACGCUCUUUCCCACGCCAGGUCUCAAAAAUCAGGUGAAUCGUAUGCUCAAGGGAUGCUAGUACUUGAACAGUGCCUUGGAACUCAACCGAACGAUGAUCAGGCUUCUCACGAUUCUAAAGCUACUGUCUUGCUUGCUAUGUCUGAUCUUUUAUACGAAAGUGGGAACAGUAGCGAGGCGAUUGAACGCCUCAAGCAAGUCAUGUCUCUCACCCUCUCUUCCUUGUCUAUUAGAGGUCUUUUUCAAAAUCUUGAUUUUUUUUUUCGAUAUGUGCUUUCUUUAAAAGUUGUUGAGUCUGAAACUGUCUUCUGUUGUGUAGUUGUUGCGGUGGAAGCUCUGGUUGGUCUGCUGAUUCAGUUAGGACAGGAUGAUGCUUCACUAAUUGUUGCUGAUGAAUUUCUUGAAAUGGUUAAAGAGAGAGGCCUUGAGAAUCUUCAGGACGUGGCUGCCACAGCUAAUACUAUCAAAGGCCUCGCUGUGCUUGUUAAAGGAAAUACUGAAUCUGCCGAAUCUUUGUUUGGAGGACUUGAGAACAAUGAGAUGUGCAAAGGUAACGUUGCACUUUCUUAUGGCGAAUUCUUGCACGCUACUGGAAACUUUGAAAAGGCAAAGGAGAUGUAUCAAAAGGCAAUUCAAGGAGCAGCAGACACCAAAGAGUCUAUGAGUUCUUGUAAUAUGAAUUUGAAGGCAGUCUCACUGGCAGCCACAUUUGCUCUUGGCCAGCUCGAGUCACACUUUGGAAACUUUGGUGAUGCGGAGGAAACACUGACAAGCGCAUUGACAAGCGCUGAGGAACAUUAUGGACACAACCAUCCCAAGGUUGGCGUGAUUUUAACUGGGGUAGCUCUCAUGUACCGAAACAAAGCCAAACGAGAACGCUCGAGUUCUAUCCUGAUUCAAGAGGGACUCUUUAGAAGAGCAUUGGAGCUCAUGAAAGCACCUCCUUUAGAUUCAGAAGAGAUAAUAAACAUGGAAACUCAGGAAGUAAUGGCUCUGGCAAGAGGAGGGUAUGCGGAGCUGCUACUGAUUCAAGAAAACAGAAAAAGCGAAGGAGAGAAGAUGAAAGCAUGGGCUGAAUCUGCAUGGAGAAACAGACGUGUCUCUCUUUCAGAGGCAUUGACUCCCUCCUCCGACCCAUUAGAUAAAGUAGCCAUCAUAGAUGCUCGCACCACUCGUCUCCUCUGAAGCCCACCCAACAGUGGUUCUAAAGAAUCCCAAAACAAAUAGUAUUUUACAUUUCAUAGAGAGUUGUUGUUGUGACUAGAUUUGAACACAUUACAGAGAAAGGUUUAGUUUUUUAGUGUUAAAUUAACAAUGAAAGUUCCGGAGUUCAAUAUCUCAGCCGUUUGUGUGAAUCC